CUAUUGCAAGCAUGUGUUACGCUUGCGAAGGCAGUACCAAAUUUGCUUGUUUGGCAUCCAUUUCGUGCACGCCAUAAGGUCCACGGCUGCAACUUGACAAGCGCAUGAUAAAAUAAGUUCAGGGACUACAGAAAAGUUACCCACAACCCCGGUACAUGCAAAGCCGACAGCGCGAGUUCCAGCCACAUUUCGGGCGGCAACCACGCGACUCCUUGCGUAUAGCAUAGCCGACUGCUGCAUAUCAAAUUUAGCCUCAAACGUCAUCUAAGCACAACGAAUGGCGCCCAUGACGAUCUCGGCAAGUGGCGCGCAGCCGGCCUCGCGCCCCACCACGCCGGCGCCCUGGCGGACGCAGCUUGGGAAGGAGUCCCGCCUACCCAACCUGUACUACGGGGCCAUAUCUCCCGACUCGCUGCGGCGGCUGUCGACCUUCACAGCCCUGCCGCCGCCCGAGCAGCUGAGCAUGGGGCCGUGGGAGGGCUGCUACCGCUACGUGCGCCAGGACAGCUCGCUGUGGUCUGCGCUGCACGCCGGCCGCCUCACAACCAGCCGCCUCAAGGACGCACUGGGGCUGAGGGACCGCACCGCCGCGCGCAUCGUGGGAGGGCCGCAGGCUGCCGAGGAGGGCGUGAGCAAGGCCUAUCAGCACCUCACGAGCAACCAGCUCUACACCCCGGCAGUAGCAGGACCUGGCACAGCGGCAGUAGCAGGAGCGGGAGGAGAGGGGCCGCCGCCGCCGCCGCCACGGGAUGAGGUGGAGGCUCUGGCCCGCAAUGAGGCGGCGCGGUUGGGUUAUAACGCCCAACUGGCGGUAGCGGCGGCGGCAGCGGCGGCGGAGGGGCGGCCAAUGCCUCCCGAGCCUGGUUGGGAUGAGGCGGACCGGCGGCGUAUCAGCGAGCUCGCGGCGCUGGCGGUGGGGGCGUCGGGGGGCAGGCGCAUGCGACUGCUGUGGGGCACACUGCAGGAGAGCUCGGCGGUGGCGACUGUGGGGCUGCUGUUCCCGGACUCCCAGCUCGAGGAGGUGGGGCUGCUGUGCCUGACCAGCACCGCGCGGUGGGGCGUGGACGCCGCAGAGCUGCCGCCGCUGGGCGCCUCGCCCGACGCGCUGAUCACACACCACGUGCCGAUCACCCUGGGGGACCUCGAGGCGGCGCGCACAGCACUGGUGGCAUCAGGGGCGCUCGCCUCAGGCGAGGUCGCCGCCACCGCCGCGGCCCGGGCGGCGGCGGCCGGCGUCCUUCGCGCCGCUCUUGAGCGGCACACGGCGGCGGCGGUGGCGGCGUGGGCAAGUGGAGAGUCGCCGCUGCCUGGGGCGGCUGCGCAGCAGGCGGCGGCCGCCGGGGCAGAUGGUGGCAGUAGCAGGGGGAGCGGUGGCGGGAGUGGCGGUGGCGGUGGCAGUAGCAGUGGCUCAGCGCGGCCGCCGCCACCGCUGCACUGUGACACUACGGAGGAGGCGGAGGCGUGGGUUGCGCAGCAGUUGCUGCUGCGGCCGGCAUCGGUCGCUGCUACUGCUGGCCAAGCCGGCAGUAGCAGCAGCGGCAGUGGCAGUAGCAGUGGCGGCACGGAGGACGUAGCAGCGGUUGUGCGGAUACGCGAGGUGGUAGAGGUCAAAAACCACUGCCCGUUUGUGUACAAGGAUCAACGCAAGGCGCGCAAGCGGGGCGUCGUAAUAAACUACGCCGCCUCCGACCGCGGCCCCGUGUCCGGCCUGUGGCCGCUGUGGGUGCCGCAGCUGCAGGCGCACAUGGCGGCGGCCGGCACCGCCAGCGGCCUGCUGCUCAGCCGCUCGCCCUCGCGCGGCGUCAAGCUCUUCCGGGUGUACAGGGACGACGGCUUCCUGGCCUCGGCUUGGGAGCUGGUCCGGGAGCUGCAGGCCAGCCACGUGCUCCGGCGGGUGCCGCCCGGACCGGACCCCUGGUCUGGUCGGCCGGGGUACGGCGGCCUGAUUGAGCGGGUUGUGGGCCUGGCGGGGGGCGCGCAGGUACUGGUGGAGACACGUGGCACUCCGCUGCUGCCCGGCGCCGACCCCGACGCCUUCUGGAACCUGCGAUAGCGGCGCCGCCCGGUGGCAGCCAGGGACUCCCCGGGUCCCCUGACGACAACCACUGCCUUCGGCCUGCGGCCUAAUGGCCCCGACCGCCGACCUGCGGCGAGCGCUAGCCGAGGCCUGCUGCUGCUGCCUGCCCAAGCGGCGGGUUCCACUGCUCCUAGAUGGGGUGUCACUGGAUGGGGUGUCACUGGGGUGCCGCCACGGUGCGUGCCGCUGGGGUGCCGCUAGCGCAGCUGUGACUCUGCUCAACGGACAGGCUGGGUGUCCGCAAUCUGUAUUGAGACAGCGCUGGGUUAUUGCACCAGAUGCUUCAAAGCAGUCGGCCUGUGUGCAUGGCGAUGGGCCUGGUGCAGCAGCUGCAGGUGGCUAUGAUAAGGUGUGCAUGAGCAGCCAGCAGAGCGGUGAUGGGGCCAGCACGUAGGGCAUGCCUGGUGUCCACGACAGUGUGUGAGUCUCCACUGGAGUGGUGGGUCAGUAGGUGCUGGCUGUGAAGGAUAUAUUUUUUGGAUGGACAGGAGGGGCUUGGCGCCCUUAGCCCCUGGCCUAUUCUGCGCGACUGCGCCGCCGCUGCCCCAGCACUUCAGCACUUCAGCAGUGCCACACUGCCACCUGCCCUGUGCAAGGCCAGUCACGCUCCUGUAAAUACCCGCUGCG